AUGGAUGCUAUAACUGCAAUUGGUCCUAGGUAUAAACUCCCAACUUAUCAUAGUUUGCGUGUAAAUUUAUUGAGAGAUGCUAAGAAAGAAGUGCAAUUACUUGUUGAUGGUUACAAGAAAACUUGGGAGGAUGUUGGAUUAGAUGCUUCAGAUGUUGUAAAGGAUGCUGGAUAUUUGUUCAACUUGUUUGAGGAAAUAACUUUAUGGGUUGGACCAAACAAUAUUGUUCAUUUUGUCACUAACAAUGGAGAAAAUUAUAAAGAUGUUGUAAAAAUGUUGUGUGCAAAAUAUAACAAUAUUACUUGGUCUCCCUAUGCAACACAUUGCAUUAAUUUGAUGUUAAAAGACAUAGCUGAGAUGAAUAGCAUAGUUAACCUUUCGAGAUGUGCAUCUGAGGUUACAAAGUUUGUGUAUAAUCAUUUGUUUGUGCUAGCUUUGCUGAGGAAAAACCAGGGUUGGACAAAAAUUGUACGCACAGGCACAACUCGUUUUGCCACAACUUUCAUUGCAUUGAGCAGUCUACGUCAGCACAAACAUGACUUGCAAUCUACGGUGACAAAUAGAGCUUUUGUGGAGUCUCAAUAUGCAAAAACUAAUAAAGACAAAACAUUUAUUUCCAUAGUUCUAGAUAACCGAUUCUGGGAUGACAUUGGUAUAAUUUCCAAAGUUGUGAGUCCAUUGAUGUGUAUGCUUUGGAUUGUAGACUCAGAUAAAAGGCCUUCAAUAGGAUAUGUGUAUGAUGACAUGUACAAAACGAGGAUGUAG